CAUAGGACAGAAACCAACCAGGUAGGUCAAUUUAACAUCUUACACAGGUCCAACCUGUUCACAACUCCAACUGAUCUCCACUGUUAGAUAAUUGAAUGGAAGGACAAAGGACAAUGGUCCAUACUGUAGUGAGUUUAUUUACACCCCCCUCCUCUCCACAUCUCUCCUUAGUGAGUCGAGGUCCUGAACUUGACGGGGUAACAGACUAUGAGGUGGUGCGACCUAUUAAACUCCACGCUCUUUAUAGGAGACACGCAGAGUCAUCAAGGCCAGAAACAUUAAAGUAUGGCAUGCGGGUGGGAGGCAAAGAUAUCGAGAUGCACCUGGAGAAAAAUAGAGACCUGCUCACCAGAGACUACAGUGAGACUCGCUACCUUGAGGACGGCACUCAAGUUACAUCCACUCCAAAGGACCUGGAUAACUGUUACUACCAUGGCAGGAUUGUCAACGAUAGUGAGUCCCUGGUCAGCAUGAGCACAUGCGAUGGACUCAGGGGUUACUUCAAGACGUCGGCCCAGAGGUAUUUGAUAGAGCCCCUGUCUGGUGACGAUGCCGGGGACCACGCCGUGCUCAACUACGAGGACCAGAGCUCCACGCCGAUGACGUGCGGCGUCACCAACACAAGCUGGGACAGCAACUAUCCCCCCACCACCAGCAAAAGCCGCUCCCGCGCCGCAGGGCCGUCACUGUUCCAGCAGCAGAAGUAUGUGGAGCUGUACCUCGCCGUGGAUAACCGUGUGUACGAAAGCAUGAAGAGGAAUCUCCCAGACAUACGGCAGAGGAUGUUUGAAAUCGUAAAUUUUGUCAACGCGGUGUACAAGCCUCUCAACACCUUUGUCGCCCUUACCGGAAUGGAGGUGUGGUCUAACGGGGAUCAGAUUUCGGUCACCGCUCCCGCAGGCGCCACACUGGACGCCUUCUCCAAGUGGAGGAACAAAGACCUGGUCGCCAGGAAGAAACACGACAACGCCCAUCUCAUCAGUGGUAUUGACUUUGAAGGAUCCACCGUGGGCCUGGCCUUCGUUGGGACGGUGUGCUCGGCUCACUCAACGGGGGUUGUGCAGAACCACAACCCCAGGGCUAUCGCAGUGGGGGCCACCUUGGCCCACGAGAUGGGCCACAACCUGGGGAUGAACCACGACGACUCCAGUAGCUGCACCUGCACUGGAAACAGCUGUAUAAUGGCUGCAGCACUCAGCUGGGACAUCCCCCGAUCCUUCAGCAGCUGUAGCAGUGGGAACUUUGAAACAUUUCUGAGGACCAGGAAUCCCGACUGCUUGCUGGACAAGCCCAGGUUCGAGGCCCUGGUCACUCCCCCGGUGUGUGGGAACGGCUUCCUGGAGAACGAUGAGCAGUGUGACUGUGGCUCCAUGGAGGAGUGCACCAACCAGUGCUGCAACGCCACCACCUGUACCCUCACCCAGGGCUCCCAGUGUGCAGCGGGAGAGUGCUGUGAGAGCUGUAAGAUCCUCCCCCCGUCCAGGGAGUGUCGUCGGAAGCAGGACGACUGUGACCUGGCGGAGUACUGCAGCGGGACGUCCCCUGACUGCCCCGAGGACGUCUUCUCCGUCAACGGCGUCCCCUGUGAGGGAGACAGAGGCUACUGCUUAGACGGACAGUGUCCACGGAAGGAGGCCCAGUGUGUCAAGAUGUACGGACCAUCGGCCGAGGUGGCUCGCCAGUACUGCUACGACCAGAACACCCGUGGUCUGUACUAUGCCUUCUGUAAACGACCCAGCCCCGACACGUAUAUCCCUUGCCAGCAACAAGACGUGAUGUGUGGGAAACUGUUCUGCGCCAACGGAAACAAUGACCCUAACUACGGCCGCAUGGUUAAGUUCUCUGACUGCCAGGCAACGUUCUACGGUGACCAUAACAACGACCUUGGCCAGGUGGAUACUGGGAGCAAGUGUGGUGAUGGAAUGGUGUGCAACCAGAACGAGUGUGUGGAUCUCCACACAGCGUACAGAAACACUAACUGUUCGGCACGCUGCCAAGGCCAUGCAGUGUGUAACCACAAGAAUCAGUGCCAGUGUGAGCCAGGCUGGGUUCCUCCUAACUGUGACCAGAAGGAUGGAGAUUUCAACACCCUGUCCAAUGAGGCCAUAACUGCUAUAGCAGUGACCAUCUCCCUGCUGGUCCUGGCCGCUGUGAUCGUGGGCGCCAUCCUCCUCUGGAAGAAACGACAGAGUCUUGGUCUACCCAGUGUCCAUACGCGAAAACCACAUGCGGUGGACAACCCUGGGUUCUUCCACACAAAAGCAACCGUCCCCAACACACCCAAGUCAAAAUCCCAGCCGCCAAGGCCCACGAGAACUCCUCCUCCGCCUCCACCUCCCUCAUCGGCGAAGAAACCUCAAGCGCCUGCUCAGAACUUCAUGGCUGCACGCCAGGCUUUGAGGCCAACACCUCCACAAAGGGUGUGACUUGACACUGACACAGCACCACCCAGAGGAGAUGGACGGGGAUGCUCAAUCAGGUCAAAGACAUGCAGGAAGAAGCUUAGGAAAGUGUCCAAGUUCAUCCUUACAAAAGAGCUUCUUCAUCGAUCUUCUCUGGAAAUAAAAAGGAUGAUGUUUGUGCCAAUGAUGUGCAGAAUGCAGAAUGCAGGAUGCAGGAUGCAGAAUGCUGGAUGGGCAUAGAGGAGCCUGAUUAGAUAACAUUUGAACCAUGCACUAAGGUCUCUCUCCGGCGACCCCACUUUUUAAAGGGCACUUUAUUUUUAAAGAGUAACUAGACACCACAAUGUCAGCCAUAGCACUCCUCUAUAUAGCCAUGCCAUGUGUGAGUAUUAAACCUAGCUAAAACAAUAGGUUUCGGUGUUUAGUUACUCUUUAAGACCAGGAGAUUGACUCCUGACUAUAUGCGCUGCCAUAUCUUUUUAUAUUAUGUUAUUAUAUAUUUAUGUUUUACUUCCAUGUGAACAGAUGGGUGUGUGAAAACGUUUCUUAAAAAAUGAUACUACUGUAAAUUUGCGUACCUUGAAAAUGUACAUCUAUCUCGUUUUAAACUUUUAAGAUAUUGUCUAAUAAGACCUCAGAACCAAACAGCCACUGUGACUAAGGUAAUCAUCACUGUAACUCAUAUGGUAGACAAGAAAAGUUACAUAGGGGAUACACAUUAUAUCAGGUGAAAAAACGGCCUGAUAUAAUGUGUACCCCCUCUGUAACUAUUGCUAGAAAAGAGCAGACAUCUCCAUAUUAUCUCAAGUUGUUUACGGUAGACAGGUGAACAAAGUGUUUCAUUGAAAAGCCAUAUCAAACUUAAUUACAUUAAAACAGAAAUCACGUUAGAGGGCAGGGACGGGUUAGCAAAGACGGGGCAUCCUUGUCAGACCACAACCGCAGAGAAUGGACAUAUGGAGGUAGCCUAGAUUAAAAGAAAACAUAUUGUUCAUACACCUGCAUAUGAUGUCGAGUCACAUAGAUAGGCCUAUCAGUCGGCCUAUGUAGCUAAGGUGCAUGGCAAUAUGGAACUUUGGAAAACACUGUGGAUUAAUCCACAAUACUAAACGACACAAUAAACAAUUCACAGGAUGCCUUAAUGUAACAGACAAAUAAACGUAUUUAUGUAGAUAAAUACUUUUAAAUAAUAAUUAAUAAAUAAUAAUAAAUACAGAACGCAGCGGCCCGCCUGAUCUUCAAUCUACCCAGACGUUCCCAUGUUACAUGGGACCCUGGUACUGACCUUCCGAGCAGUGAACGGGACUGCUCCCGACUACAUCAAGUCUCUCCUCCAGCCUUACACUCCCACCCGCCACCUACGGUCGUCUUCUGACAACCGUCUGGUGAUCCCACCUCUCAAGAGCGCCCGCUCCCAACCCAAGCUCUUGUCUGGCCCCCCAAUAGUGGAAUCAACUCCCCACCUCCAUCAGAGACACUGACUGUCUCCCCACCUUCAAGAAAAGGCUUAAGACGCACUUGUUCCGGGAGUACAACGGUACUUAGGAAUGAUUUGCUGGACCUGAUGUUAGCUUCCUCCAGGAACACAAUGACUCUUACUGAGAGACUUGUUGCUCCUUAGUUAGUUGUAGUUGGUUAGUUGUAACUGAUUUAAUUUGUUGUACUCGCUGUGAAUUAUAUUAUAUUAUUGUUGCUUGCUUUUUUCUACAGGUGCACACUUGCACUUUUGAGGUUCAAGUUGUUUAAUUUGUAACUUGAUUAAGUACAUGCUCUUAUGGUUCUCCCCAUUGGCACUUAUUUGCUUUUCACAAUAUGCUUCAUGUUUGGCUACUCGCAAUGUUUUGUGGCUAUCUCGUUGUUAUGAUCAGUGACCUAUGCUCUUUUGUAAAUCUCUUGAUGAUUUAAAGUAUAAACAAACACUUUAUUGAAAUGGAUUUUAAAACCUG